AUGAGAAAGAUAAACCUGCUUUUAAGAAAGAAUAAGAGAGAGUUGGAUCGUUCUAUGAAUCAAUUGCAACCACUUAAGAAGAAAACUGAAGGAUUAAUAAAAAAAUCUGUUAAAGACAAAGAUUUGAAAAGUGCCAGAAUUUAUGCCAAAGAGUUACAAAACAUAAAGAAACAAUAUAAUAAAUUACAUUUGUCUAAAACAAGAAUCGAUUCCAUUAACAUGACCAUAAAUGAACAAUGGUCAAUGAACAAGUUGACCAGCUCUUUGCAAUCAUCUACGAUUGUUAUGAAAGAUGUGAAUUCGUUGGUUCAUUUAGGAGUUGUGUCGGGAACAAUGCAAGAAUUACAAAAAGAAUUGAUGAAAUCUGGGAUUAUAAAUGAGAUGAUGGAUGAUAUGGUGGACUUAGAUAUGGAUGAAGAGUUAGAAGAUGAAAGUCAAGAAGAGAUUAAUAAGAUAAUUGAAGAUUUGACAGCUAAAGAGUUCAAUAAAAUCGAUAAUGAAGUACCACAAACUAGAUUUGAAGAGCCAGAACCCGUUCAAGACAUCGAAGAAGAUCAUGAAGCUUUAGAUGAAAUGAGAGAACGAUUGAAAGCCUUACAGGAAUAA